UCCAUGCAGAGUGACGUCGACAAGCUCUAUGCGGAAAGGGGGCUUUCGCAGUGAUAUGAUGAAAUGGGUUUGUUUCCAGUUUCGUUAAAGGUAUUUGGUAGAUGGUACUGUCGGUAAGAACCACUGGUGUAGACUGUUUUAUAAGGCUCCAUGGUGUGACUGUUUUGAGCCUUACGGCUUACGCAAAGACCAGCAUUACAAGCCUCAAUAAACAGCAAGCCAAGCACCGCUAUCAAUGUGUGUUUGCGGAUACGAGCUGCAGUACAGGUGAGCGGUCAGCGAGCAGCAGACUGAGUCACCAUGGCCUACCCGCUGUCACACAAGACAGUGUUUAUCCUGGACAAGUCACCGGCCAUGGAGGGGCCGUGCGGACACCAGUUCGAGAUGGACUCGCUGAACAAGGGCCGCGCCGGCGGCCUAAUCCCGCUGGCGCCAAUCACAAAGUCAACGUGGACGUGCGCGGUGGAGGCGGCCGUCGAGUAUUGUCGCAUCGUUUGGGACGUGUAUCCAGCCGGCCGGCUCAUCCGACUGAUUGUGAACGCCGCUCAGGCGACGCCGGUUAACUCGUGGCUGGCGCAGGACCAGCACUUGGCCGUGCUGAUGCAGCAGCUGGCGGCGCUCGGCGAGAGCUCGGAGGCGCAGCGCGCCGACCGCGCCGCAGACGCCGCCGCCAAGCCGAUGAACCGCGGCCGGGUGGUGGUCGUGACGCAGCUGGCCGACGACGCUCAGGCGGGCCGCUUGCGCGAGUGGUUCGCUGACGCGCUGCUGCAGCACAACCGAACGGCGGACAACACGGACGCUCGCCUGACGGUGCACAGCUGCGACCUGGUGCUGGUGUCGGCCCACCCGGACACGGCCGAGAGCGGCGUCCGGCCGUGGCCGGCGGCGCCCCUCUCAGCCAUCCUCAGCGGCGCUGUCGUCACGGCCAAGGCCGGCACCCAGCUGGCGCCCAUGAUGAUGAACCUGGUGCUGAGCCACUACGAGCUGGCCUCCACCACCGUCACCGGCAUCCCCAUGAAGGAGGAGCAGAACUCGGGCAGCUCGGCCAACUACGACGUCGAGCUGCUGCACCCGGCCAAGGCGUAUGAGGCCAUUCUGCAGGGCAGCCCGGCCGAGCACGCGCACCUGCGCACCAGACGCGACGGCUGCGAGUACGAGACCAUCACGCUCAAGUGGUGCACGCCGCGCACCAACAGCACUGAGCUGCACCAGUGCACCAGCGCGUCGCGCGUCACGCCGGUGGACGUCAACAGUCGACCGUCCUCGUGCCUGACCAACUUCCUGCUCAACGGCCGCGCCGUCAUGCUGGAGAUGCCGCGGAAGGCCGGCGGCAAGUUCGUCUCGCACAUGCUGGCCGCGCACGGCGGGGAGAUAUUCAUGCACGCGCUCGGCAGCGGCCGCUCAGUGCUGGAGGACCCGCCCAGCAUCAGCGAGGGUGCCGGCGGCCGCGUCACCGACUACCGCAUCCCUGAGUUCGGCCAGCUGAUCGCCGACAAUCGGCUGGCGCCGGCCGAGCCGGAGCCGGAGGGCGGUGCGCCUUUGCACGCCGCAUUGGAGCGCCUGGCGCGCCACACGCGCGUCUGGCCGCUCACGCUGUCCGAGUCGUGUCUGGCGGCGCUCCCCGGCCUCGACGCCCUCACCGGCCUGUUGGUGCGCGACGCCCUCUCCACCGAGCAGGUGCUCGAGUGCAAGAAGACCGUGUACAAGCUGGUGUCGAUGGAGGCGCGCCACGACCCGCUGCCGGCGGCUGCGGCCGGCGCGCGCGGCCGCGGCGUCAAGCGCGAGGAGCAGUACCGCGCGCUCUGGUCCGAGCUGGAGGCGUUGGUGCGCGCGCAUUGCCGCUCGGACGGCCACCAGGCGGUGCUCGAGUGUGUGACCGAGUGCCGCAGCCAGGGCCGCGUGCCCGAGGAGCGGCUGGGUCUGGACCAGGCCAUGGAGGAGCUGGACCGGUGCGGCGCGCCGGCCGUCGACUCGCCACUCUCGCCGCCGCCGGCCAAGCGCUGGCGCCCCGGCCGGCCGCCAGCCCACCAGAGUCUGCUGGCGCUCUGGGCGCAGCGCGUGGACGCCGACAAUGCUCUCAAGAGACUCGAGUUCUCGGGCCGGCUGACCGGCGACGGCGGUGCGGUCAAGCUGUACGCGCACCUGGACAAGGAGAAGGCGGCGGACGAUAAGAAGAAGUGACGCGCGUGCGAAGCCGGCGCCUGGACCGACGACGUGUGACAAAUGUGCUGUAGACAGAGACGUGCGAUGCACCGUAAGAGGCCCCAGUGCGAUGCGGUGCCACUGGUGAGCACGGCGCGUGGCGAGCGUCCUUUGAGUUGCCGCCACCGGAUCUCGAGCGGCGGCACCGGUGUCUCGCGGUGCGCGACGACGGGGGUGAAUCGGCUGUGAAUCUGCGGCGCCGGCAGCUCGGUGGUCCUGCAGCGCCGCCGCCUUUUCAGACGCGCUGGCCUGGCGCUGUCGCGGAGUCGUUGGUGCCCAUUUACCGUGUCGCACGCGGUGCGCGCGGGGCUAUCAGCAUCAGUGUGUGUAGGAUUGUCAGCCGCGGUGUGCGCUGGAUUGUCAGCUCCAGUCAGCCCAGGAUUGUCAGCCGCAACGUGGGCAGGAUUGUCAGCCGUAGUAUGGGCAGGAUUGUCAGCCGCAGGGUGGACAGGAUUGUCAGCCGCAGUGUGCGCUGAUUGUCAGCUCGUCAGCUCAGGAUUGUCAGUCGCAAUGCGGGCAGGAUUGUCAGCCUUGGGGUGCGUUGGCAGCAGUUCCUCAGUCAUCGUGCAGAGUCACCUGCUGAAAAGUUCAAACUGCCGUUGACGUUGGUGCAUGCUGAUGAUUGCCCACAGACCGCAUUGAGGGACGAUUUCAUUAGUGCAUAAAAACUCUCCCUGCAAGCAUUUGCCAUUGAGGAAAUCCAGAACAUGCCAGGGCACAUUGCGUAGCGCUGCUGCUUGCACACGGAACGUUUUAUUGGGCAUGCGCGUGCAUUCGUGCUGUAUGCGCUGUCCAGGCGUUUGUCUCCAGUCACGCGCAUUGUCUGGCGCGACUCCGCAUUCGUCAGACAAAAUUCCACAGAACCCCAUGGUGACCUAUGGCAGGCCUGUCCCGAAAACUACCAAGAGGGCGCUCUCUUACGUCAAGCUCCGUGAAGGUGAUGAGUGUCGACAGUUUAGUUCAGUUCAGUUCAGAUUACUCCAACUAGACAGUGGCCGUUCAGUUCAGUUCAGUUUAUGCUAAAGAAUCCACGAAAUAGGAUAGCACCUGUCACGCAGGAAAGCCAAGCAAUAACCUUUUACAUGGAGACGUCAAGUUGGAAGCCAACAACACGCCACGCGCGUAAGACACAAUUAUGGCCCACUGGUCACAUACUACGGCUGGUAGCCUUGUAAGCACUCAGCAUGAUGAUACUGCUAAAGAUGAUGGCGGACGAUUACAUGCAGAGGAUGCACGACAUGGAAAGACGCUCUGCGUCGGAGCGAACCUGCAUUUGUGGGGGUGGAGGCUGCUAUUGCCAGAAUCACGUGCUUCACGCGAUGCACGGCGGCGCGCCUCUCGACAGGCGCGCCGCGGUACUCGUGUACUGUACAACACUGUACUCCUGCGAUAAUUCCCCGAAAACCUGGACUGCGGCACAUCGCUAUA